GACUCUGGAGUUAUGCAGUCUUGGUCUGAUCUACUUUGAUUGUUAGCAGUCUCCUUUCUCCAGAGAAAACUUUCCUUUCCAAAUGAGAGAUUUGUGACUAACACUGACCUAGAACUGGGAAAAUGCUCAACUUCACUGAUGUGACAGAGUUUAUUCUUUUGGGACUAACCAGUCAUCAGGAAUGGCAAAUUCUCUUCUUCGUCAUUUUUCUUGUGGUCUACAUUAUCACCUUAGUGGGCAAUAUUGGCCUGAUUUUGUUAAUUAAGGUCAGUCCACAGCUCAACAGCCCCAUGUACUUUUUUCUCAGUCAUUUGUCAUUUGUGGAUGUGUGGUUUUCUUCCAAUGUUACCCCUAAAAUGUUGGAAAACCUGUUAUCAGAGACAAAAACUAUUUCUUACAAUGGCUGUUUGGUACAGUGCUUCUUCUUCAUCGCCCUUGUCCAUGUAGAAUUUUUUAUCCUUGCUGUGAUGGCCUUUGAUAGAUACAUGGCAAUCGGGAAGCCUCUGAUCUAUGGCAGCAGAAUGUCAAGGGUUGUCUGUAUUCGACUGAUCUCUUUCCCUUACAUAUAUGGUUUUCUGACUAGUCUGGCAGCAACAUUAUGGACUUAUGGCUUAUACUUCUGUGGGAAAAUUGAGAUCAACCACUUCUACUGUGCAGACCCACCUCUCAUCAAAAUGGCCUGUGCUGGGACCUUUGUCAAAGAGUUCACCAUGAUAAUGCCAAAUUUCACGGAUGUGACAGAAUUUAUUCUUCUGGGGCUAACCAGUCACCAGGAACUUCAAGUUCUUUUUUUUGUGGUGUUCUUAGUAGUUUACAUAAUCACUCUACUAGGAAACAUUGGUAUGAUCAUUUUGAUCAGCAUCAGUCCCCAGCUUCAGAGCCCUAUGUACUUUUUCUUGAGUCAUUUGUCUUUUGUGGAUGUGUGGUUCUCUUCCAAUGUCACCCCCAAAAUGCUGGAAAACUUAUUAUCAAAGACAAAAACCAUUUCCUAUGCAGGGUGUCUGGUGCAGUGUUACUUUUUCAUUGCCCUUGUCCAUGUGGAGGUCUAUGUCUUGGCUGUGAUGGCGUUUGAUCGCUACAUGGCCAUCUGCAACCCUUUGCUUUACAGCAGCAAAAUGUCCAGGACUGUCUGUGUCCGGCUCAUUUCUGUGCCCUAUGUCUACGGAUUCGCUGUUAGUCUAAUAUGCACACUAUGGACAUAUGGCUUGUACUUCUGCGGAAACUUUGAAAUCAACCACUUCUAUUGUGCAGACCCUCCUCUCAUCAAGAUUGCCUGUGGGGGCAUCCACAUCAAAGAAUACACAAUGAUUGUGAUCGCUGGAAUUAACUUCACAUAUUCCCUCUCAGUGGUCCUCGUCUCCUAUACCCUCAUUGUCAUAGCUGUGCUACGCAUGAGCUCUGCUGAUGGAAGGAAGAAAGCCUUCUCCACAUGUGGGUCCCACUUGACAGCUGUUACCAUGUUUUACGGGACUCUCAUAUUCAUGUAUCUUAGGCGGCCUACCGAAGAAUCUGUGGAGCAGGGGAAAAUAGUGGCCGUAUUUUACACCACGGUGAUCCCUAUGUUGAACCCUAUGAUCUACAGUUUGAGAAACAAGGAUGUGAAAGAGGCAGUCAACAAAGCAAUCAUUAAGGCAAACUUGGGGAAGUGAAACUACAAUAGUUAUUUUUGUGGUGUGUUGCUACCUAUUAUAAAUGCCCAGGCAUAAAAGUCCUAGCUCGAAAAAGAUUUUCUAAAGACACCUCUUACACAUGAUUAAAGGCUUAAACUAAUACAGUGAUGCUUUACCCCAAGAAUAGACUUGAAUGGUUAGCUUACUUCAUCUUCUAUAUGCAACCAUAUUAUUGAAUCUGAAUAUUAAUGUCAUUCACAGUGUAUACAAGAUUGUGCUAAGUGUAGUCAUUGGAAAACUAAUAAAUAAGUUUAGAUAGAAAAUGUUAAUUUGGAGGCACUCUUGUUGAAAUCAAACAUAGUUUCCUAUGAUAUAUUUUGCAUAUAUAUUUCAUGAGAGAAAGAACAAGUAAGAAUUCAUCUCUUUUCUAUGAAUACAGGAAGCUGAUAGACACUGAUUUACCAAAAAAGUAUUCUAUAGUGUUAUGUACACAUGG